AUGAACUCGAAUUCUCUAUUCGUCCUGUUACUGAUGUCGCAGGGCCUGGGGAUGCAGCAACUGUCGAGCCGGUUACAGGAUCCUCGUUGCAAAGCUGAGCAGAUGAGAAACAUGAGUAGCGCACCACGAUCGGACACUACAUCAAGCACACGUAUGUCCGCACCUCGCUUUUGGGUGUGGCUCGACCUUGUCCCGCCUCCUGUUGAAGGUGCGGCUUAUGUUUUCGCGUUGAGGAGAGCGCCAUCCUUGAGCUCAGAUAUCUUCAAAGCCGCCACAAGAAGGUACCUUUUCGUUGCUGCUGCCGCGCAACUGAAGCAAACGAGCGCCGCAUAG